AUGAUUGGCGCGUAUCUUGAGCAAAAUCAGGGGCAAGUGCCUAAUGCUGGUAUGCGGCAUGCAAUGUUCCAGGCACCAGCUGGAUGUGGAGGCGUCGAUGCGGGCGCAUUUAUCGCAGAUCCUAGAACAAUCAACAACAAGCGUUUUAUCAGCAGCAGCAACAGCAAGUGUUAUAAGAGUUUUCGCCACAACAACGUUCUUCACCGCAACCACUUCAAGAAGGAUUGGCAAUCAAGAAUCAAGACUUGGUUCAACCAACCUGGUAAGAAGAAGAGCCGUCGCGUUGCUCGUUCAAACAAGGCCGCUGCUCUCGGUGUGAGACCAUUGGAAAACCUUCGCCCAGCUGUUCGUUGCCCAACCGUCCGUUACAACCGUAAGCUUCGCGCUGGUAAGGGCUUCUCUUUGGCUGAGUUGAAGGCUGCUGGUAUCCGCCGUAAGGAGGCUCUCUCAAUCGGUAUUCCAGUUGACCACCGUCGUCGUAACCUCUCCGAGGAGGGUCUCAAGUUAAACGUCGACCGUCUUCAAGCAUACAAGGCUCGUUUGAUUGUCUUCCCACGCAACUCCAAGAAGCCAGCCAAGACUGACUCCAAGGACUUAUCUGGUGAAACUGCACGUGACGUUCAAGCCGUUGUACCAAUUCCAGCAGGAACUGUACCAGAAGGUCCAAGAAAGAUCUCUGAUGGUGAGCGUGAAGCUAAGGCAUACCGUACCCUUCGUGAAGAGCGUGCAAACGCACGUCACGAUGGUGCACGUAAGGUACGCGCAGCUAAGAAGGCCGAAGAAGAGGAAGCAAAGAAGAAGUAA